AUGGUGUACGUAAACAGUGAUGGAUCUGUCGUGGAUAGUGCUCCGUUUAUAUCAUUCAAGUGGUUCUGGGGAUUUUUGAAUUUCUUCUAUUUCUUCUUUCAGACACUAAUCAAUCCAAAUUUCAACAAACAUGGCAAUAAAUAUGUGACGGACUAUCGUCCUCCAGGCAGUGGCCCACCAAAGCCGCCAUCUAGAAAAUUCGGUGGAUUCGGGCCAUCGGCAUCGGGACCUCCACCUCCACCCAUGGGUGGUUGCGGAUGUGGUUAA